UCACUUUCGUGUACCAAUAUAAAAUUAUUAUUUAUGUGCAAUUUGUAGUUGAGAACUGUUCGGAAAUGAAGAUCCUUUAUCAAUUUUUUUUUAUCCUUUUUGCCAUAAGCGUAUCACCGUCUGCUAGCAAGUCAGAAUGUUUGAAUUCCAUAAAUCCAAACGAUCCAAGUGAUAAUUUCGACAGUGAUUACAUGGAUGAACCUAGUAAUAGAAUAAUUAAUGGAGAUAAAGCUAACAUUGCAGACUACCCUUACCAAGUGGCGCUGUCUUUUAACAAUGACAUAGAAAACUUUAUGUGCGGAGGAUCAAUUAUUGCCGAUAAAUUUGUUCUCACUGCUGCUCAUUGUCUUGAAAAUUCUGAUGUCACAGGCUAUUUGGUGCAGGCUGGAGUAUCGAAUACGAACGAGGACGGACAACGGCGAAAAGUCGUUAAAAUAUUUAAUCACAAACUGUAUUCUAUCGCAGAAUAUGAGAACGACAUUGGAAUAAUUAAGGUGUGUUCAAAUUAG